GGAUGGGAUGUGCCCGCUUCCACUAGCUCAGUGCCGAAGCAGUAUCAUAGACAGUCGGCGGUCGACAGCCACGGAAAGGAAGGCGGCGGCUGCCCUGGCCCGGAACGGUUGAAAUCGUCGGUACCACAGCAACGAGUCAACGCAGUCAUCGGAAGAGCGAACCGAUAAGUAUACCGUCACUUCACUGGAAAUGGCGCGACUCGGGAAGCUAGACGAGUACGACGAGAAGGAGCAGAAUUUUGAAUCCUAUUUAGAACGCUUUGAGCAUUUCGUCACUGCAAACGAUAUCAAAGAGGAAAAGAAGCUGGCCGUAUUUCUGAGCGUGAUAGGACCACGAACGUACGAGGUGCUCAAAAGUUUGGUAGUACCCGCCGUUCCUGGGGACAAAUCCUUCGAAGAGGUGACAGUGCUGUUAACGAAGCACUAUAGCCCAAGCUGUUCUGUGAUCGCCGAGCCCUGCAAAUUUAACAAGCGAGCACAAGAGGAACAAGAAAGCGUCGAGGAUUUCAUAGUGGCCUUAAAGCAUUUAGCAAGGAAGUGCGAUUUCGGUCUGUUCAUGCAAGACGCACUGCGAGACAGAUUAGUGGCAGGCAUAAGACGCGAAGAAACGCAACUCGCCUUGUUUGCUGAAGACAGUUUAACCUUUGAAAAGGCGUGCAAGAUAGCCUUGGACCGGGAGCAGGCUGCGCGACAAACAGCGUUACUGCAUGCAGAAGGCAAGGAAGCGACGCUGCAUGCCAUGGCGAUAAGAGUUCAGGGAACUGAAAAGAAAUUGAAGCUUCGGAAAUUCAAGGACGUCAAGCGAAUCUGCGAAAGAUGUGGCAAGGCGCAUGCCGCUAGUGUUUGCUGGUAUAAGAAUGUCCAGUGUCACAGCUGUUCACAAAUCGGCCAUUUACAGAAGAUGUGUCCCAGCAAGUGCAGAGAACUAAAAACUGCGAACGUGGUGGACUGCUCUGAUAGUGACUCUGAAUUCGAUGUGUACCAUGUUAUUAACACCGUUCGUUCUGGAUACGAAGUGCAAGUAAACGUAGAAGGGAAAGACAUCUGCAUGCAGAUUGACACGGGAGCUGCUGUAACCCUAAUUCCUGAGAGUGUUAAGCUGAACGCAUUUCCUCAUGUCAAGUGCGAGCCGUCGCGAGUCAUCCUAAGAACAUACACUGGGGAACCCAUUCCAGUGAAGGGACAAUGCAACGUUAUCGUCACGACAGGAAAGCAGUCUUUACGACUGCCAGUUAUCAUUGUCAAAGAUCACGGCAAACAGCUUCCACUGCUGAUGGGGCGAAAUUGGCUCGAGAUGCUAGGGCUUGACUGGAAAAAUUUUACGCGUUCCAUGCGGGAGCAGCAACAGCGCAUGAAAGAAACCCAUGAUGUGUCGCGUGGGGUUCCUCGAUGUUUUUCUGUGGGGGACGCUGUGUGGGUGAAAACUGUGCGAGGUGAAAGCGUGUCGUGGGACGAUGGUGUCGUGACGCAAGUUGUUAGUCCCGUUACCUAUCUGGUGAAAGUGUCGCAGGCUGUGCGAUUUACGCAUGUGGACCACAUCAGAGCCCGCUACGCAAGCUCGGGUUCCUCAAGCUUUCCGCCAGUACAAACUGCUCCUACAGCCUCGGAAGACACAGCUCAUCCGUCUGCUCCGAUGUCUAGUGGGCCAGUCGCCGUGCCACCUCUCGGGGUUUCAGGCGCGAAAGAGUCUGCAAAUCAGCAGCUUCCGGUACCUGAAUCGCCCACGCCCGGAACAGCUGCCCCCGGCUCUUCGAACCAGCCAGACCCUGCACCUACAGCCGAGCUGCCACUUCUUCGUCGUAGUGCCCGUGUGCGACAUCCCCCGAACAGAUACCAACCCAGUGACUUUCGAAGUUAA